AUGCUGCCUUUGCCCUCUGUCGAAGGCGUCCGCUUGGCGACCUUGGAAGACCUCCACCGUAUUUCCAUUGUUGCAGCAGCAGCUUUCUUCUGGUCGCCGACCUUUAGAUUCCAGCGUCCUCGACAUGGCGAGUUUCCUUCAGACACCAUAGCCUCGUACUGGGCCGACUACAAAGCUGCCAUUACAGACCCAGCAUGCGCUGUCUUGGUGGCCGAGGAUGUACUGGAAGAAGACGAAGCCAACGACAUCUACGAGGCGCUGCGAUUCGCAUAUCGACCAAACCCCCCUCGACAGAAAGGCAUCGUUGGCGUGUGCAGUCUGAGCCUGAAGCCGAAUUCCCAUUACAUCGGCCAUGUUCAACCCGAAAGUAAGCCCAUCGGUGCUUUGGGAUCAGACACGACCAACUCAAUCACACUUCACCUCGACCUUUCCCCGCAGUAUGAAGGUCACCAUCUCAAGAGAGACCAGUGCGCUGUUGCUCUCGAGAUAUACAACAGGUGCACAGGACCAGCAAAACUCAAACACCUUGGAGGAAAGAUGCGUCUCAGUACUCUGGCAGUAGCUCCUUCCUACUGGCGUCGUGGCCACGCUACAAGGCUCGUCAACUUCUGUACGCAGCUGGCCGACCUGGACGAUGCAACCUUGGGCGUAUCUGCUACUCCCAACGGCCAGCAUGUCGUGGAAAAAGCCGGAUUUCAAGAACGUGAGAUCACCCACGUCAAGCGAACGCUGGCGCAUGAGCAACAAACCUGCGAGGGUCGUCUAGAUACUGCAGAAGUCAUGCUUUGGUAA